CGGCGAUAGAGGUGAACCCAGGUGUCUUGACGUUCGCUUACCAAUUCCUACGGGAUAUGAACCAUGUCAUGCAUGCAUGAUAACAAGAUCCAGAUGUUAAAUCUGAAGAUCAUCUAGAAAAGGAAGUACACCCAUCCAUUCUCUUCUCUAUCCAUGCUGUCUUGUCAUGUUCGUGGGGGGCACUCGGCCGCCACACAUACAUAGUAUCAUCCUGAAAUCCAUACUUACACAGUAUAUUCUGCUUCAGAUACUCUAUCUGGCCUAGAAUAGCCAAGCAAGGGAAACCAAUCCCUUAUAUCGGAUCCCUGAGACCCACUUCAAAUCAUGUCUCUAAAAUAUGCUGAUAUAAAAGCUCAAGGGGCACCUUACCUCGAUAAUUAUUAUCAACCUACCUGGGUACCUUCUAAAGAUCCAGUUCUAUAUUCGUCAUAACUAUGUCUUCUAUCGAAAGUUUAGCAUCAUCCAUUACGGAACAAGUCUCAAGGCUCUCGUCCUUGCUCCAAGGAGAGGGCUUACCUUCCCCAACCUUUGAAGAGUCAGGAUUCAGUGAUUUCGGACAGGAAUCGGACACGCCAGCAGGAAAGACAUUGCGGGAAGCACGUAACAAAAUAAUUGAUGCAGCCCACGACCUGAUACGGUUGGUGCAAGGUCCGACUGAACAUAUUCUGACUUUAACUUGGGUGACUGCAGACACGGUAAACAUAGAUUUGAUUACUCGGUUGAGGAUUCCCGAACACGUACCACUGGGGUCGUCAAUAUCGAUCCAGGAACUUGCCGCUGCUAUACGCAUCUCUGAACCUUUACUGGCUCGAAUAGUACGAUAUGGAAUUGCCAACGGUGUAUUUGUCGAGGAAUCACCCAACGUCAUUCGUCACUCAGCAUCGUCGGCUGCGCUGGUGCAGAACCCGCACUUGAGCAAUAUCGUACGGUUCGGAGCGGAAGAUCUUGGAAAAGUUAUGAUGAAAAUACCGGAUGCGGUUGUGCUUAAGCGCGAUGACCCGGAGCAUGCCCCCGACACUGCAUUUAACCUGGCGUACGGCACGAAUGAAUCGUUAUUCGUCCACUUCCACAAAAAUGAAGCCGCAAAUAAGAGAUAUCAUGAGUAUCUAGCGGGAAGAACAAGCACGCCCUUAUGGUCUUUUGAUCGUCUGCGUGCAGCCUGGCCAUGGGAAUCCAAGGGAAAGGUUAAAGUGAUUGAUGUUGGUGGUUCCAGCGGUCAUACAGUCCUAGCACUGGCACCUUUAAUGCCCGAUGCAACAUUCAUUAUCCAGGACAAUAAUCUCACUUCGUUAGAGAUGGGACGACGCGCCGUUGCUGGAGAUUCUUCUCUGAAGUCGCGCGUCAGCUUUGAAGUGUAUGAUUUCUUCAAACCGCAAACAGUUCAAGCCGAUAUCUACAUUUACCGACAUAUUCUGCACGAUUGGCAGGAUGAGGACGCGGUGAAAAUCCUGUCAUCAUUACUUCCGGUCCUAAAGCCAGGGGCAAGAGUUCUUAUCAGCGAGUGUAUUGUUCCAGACCCGCCUGCGAAGAGACUGAAUACGUUGGCAAGCAAAAUGCCUCGGGUAGAAGAUACGUUUAUGCUCGGAGCGCAUGAUUCACACGAACGCACUGUCGCUGAAUUUGAGUCACUAUUCCACCAAGUCAGCCCUGGGGGUUUUCGGCUUGUGGGCGUCACAUCAGGCGCCGAAGCCGGAGCUUUCCAAUCAUUGCUUGAAUUCGAAUUUAUUGGGUUGAGAAACUAGCGUAGUAAGCACAUGCUUGGCAGCUUAAAUUGAGGCUUUAUCAUGCAGUUCAUGAGAUCUACGCGGAAAAGGGGUAACUUGGGUUACAUCGGAAUGCCGUUGCUCCCCGUCUCGUGAUUUUACCUGUUAGUGGUUUAUUUUAUGAGCGAGUAUAGUAUUACUUUAGCUAUUUAGCCUACUUCAACUACCAAUUGUGGAUUAGAUUAAUUCUCAAUCGAUGAUGCUUCCACCAUGCCUACCACCUUAAUAUAGGUAGAGAUAAGUCUUAGGCGCAUAGAAA